AUGGCUUCAUCAGACUUCGGAAGCACAGCGGAGCUGGCGGAGCUGAAGAACCCUCCACCUCCUCCCAAUCCGUCGAACACGUUGAACACGCUGAACCCGUUGAACCCGUUGAAUCCGCCAGAGGCCCCGCACCACCCUUCCUCUGGCUCCAAAGGCUGGAGGUUCUAUGCUGCUUUUGGGAGUCUUUGUUUGGUGAACUUGGUGUGCGCAUUAGAUGCCACAAGCUUAGCAGUCGCGUUACCUAUCAUAGCCGAGAAGCUAAAUGGCUCAGCGAUUGAAGCUUUCUGGGCUGGCACGUCAUUCCUUCUGACCGCCACAGUGUUCCAGCCAACAUUCGCAUCUCUCUCCCAUAUAUUUGGCCGCACGGAUAUGCUUCUCUUGGCUCUGACGUUGUUCACCAUCGGUGCCAUCGUAGGCGGUGUGGCUCAUAACUUCACAGUCCUGUUGGCUGGUCGAUGCAUCCAGGGCAUGGGAGGCGGCGGCAUAUCAGCUCUCACAUAUGUUAUCGCCACAGAUCUUGUCAGUCUUCGCGAGAGAGGAAAAUAUUUCGGGCUGAUUACGAUGAUGUGGGCACUUGGCUCGGUCACGGGACCAGUCAUUGGAGGUGCCUUUGCUCAAGACGUCAGCUGGCGAUGGAUAUUCUGGAUCAACCUUCCCUUCUGCGGGAUCUCAUAUGUCACUAUACCUCUCUUCCUCCGCCUCAAACGCAAGGAAGGCUCCAUCCUUGGUAAACUCAAGCAGGUAGACUGGAUCGGAUCAUUCCUCUUCAUCGCCUCGCUUACUUCAUUCCUCAUUCCAAUCACCUGGGGCGGCAUCAUGUACCCAUGGACGCACUGGCGCACCCUAACCCCUCUCCUCGCCGGCGGCUUCGGCCUCGUCCUCUUCAUGCUGUGGUCAAAAUUCCUUUCUAUCGAGCCCAUAUUGCGCGGUUCCAUGUUCAAGGACCCCGAGGCGCUCACCACCUACUUCGCCACCACCGUCCACGGUAUCUGCCUGUGGUCCGCCCUCUACUACAUGCCUCUGUACUUUGAAACUGCCAAGGGGUACUCCCCAAUCAAAUCCGGCAUUGCCCUCUUCCCUUGGACAUUCACCACUGCGCCUGCUGCCGGUAUCGUUGGUGUCCUCAUUGCCCGUACGGGUAGAUAUCGAUGGGGCAUCUGGUCCGGCUGGGCACUCUCAACCGUGGGCAUUGCUCUGCUCGUACUUUACAAAGUCGACACACCGACCGCCAUGUGGGUCGGUAUCGGCAUCAUCUCAGGUGCCGGAGUCGGCGUCCUGUAUUCUGCCAUGAGUUUCGCUAUCCAGGCAUCCAGCAGCGCUGCCGACUUGCCCUUCGCCGCCGCCCUCUACUCAUUCUUCCGCAACUUCGGCCAGAUGCUGGGUGUGGCGGUCGGCGGUACCAUCUUCCAAAACGAGAUGAAGAGGAACAUCGAGGGCAUCCCGGCGCUGGCUAGUAGUGCUGCUGCUCUAAGUAAGGAUGCAAGCAGCCUUGUGCAGUUGAUCAAGAGCUGGCCGGCGAGUCAAGCCGUCGUCAAGGCAGAGCUUAUUGUCGCGUAUGUGGACAGUCUGAGGACGAUUUGGAUCGUGAUGGCGGCCUUGGCCGGACUGGCAUUUGUACUCAGUGCGAUAUUUACGAAGGGCAAGUCACUGGAGAGAGAGUUGGAGACGGAUCAGGGAUUUUUGCAUGAUUCAGGCAGUGUCGGGUCAAAGUCGGAUGUUGAGAAGUAG